AUGGAGUCCAAACCCGAAAAUUCUAUGAUCAGUCCCACUGAGAACUCUGUAUCUCCACCAUCUGGGAAGAGACAGAAAACAUUAUCUGAUAAAGAUGGUGACCAAUGUGAUGAUGCAUCUCAGCAAGUAGUCAUCUAUAAGAAUGACAAAAGUGAUAGGGGAAGAGAUGAACAGAGUGCAAGCCAUCUCUCAAUUGUACCAGCAAAACCAUCAGAGAAACGAAAGCGUGCAUUGGGAAAGCAAAUUGGAGCCUUUGCUGCUCAAUGUGCUAAAUGUCAGAAAUGGAGACUUAUUUCAACAAAAGAGAAGUACGAAGAAAUUCGAGAGCAAGCUCUAGAGGAUCCUUUUGUCUGUGAGAAAGCCCGUGAGUGGAAGCCUGAUGUGACAUGUGAUGACCCAUCAGAUGUAUCUCAGGACAGCGGUAAGCUUUGGGCAAUUGAUAAACCUAACAUCCCACGGGCCCCUCAAGGAUGGGAAAGGUUGAUUAAGAUAAGAGGUGAAGGAAGCACCAAAUUUGCUGAUGUGUACUAUUGGUCCCCUACAGGAACACAACUGAGAUCAAGUAAGGAAGUGGAGAAGUACCUUAAAGAGCAUCCAGAAUGUGCUGCACAAGGUGUAAAGUUAUCUCAUUUUUCAUUCCAGUCACCUGCACCACUACAAAAGGACUAUGUUAGGAAGCGUUCCCAGACAAGCCAAAGUGGUGUUACACCAACAGGGUCAACUAAGCUUCUCCUACCAGAAGAAGUGCAACCCAUCUCCUGGGCACUUCCACUGGCGGAUGACAACCUGGAGAACAACAUGCAGCUGGUCCUCUACAGUGGAGAUCAGACUCAAGUGGUGCAGUCAUCGUCUGAACCGCCGGAGCCUGAGAGCCCGCCGCCUGCACCAGCAGCUUAG